AGACGAGAUGCAUGUUUCUACAUCGAUGUGAGCCGCUGAGCUGGACAGAGAGAAUGCAACGAUAAUCGACAAAGAUUAAUCUCAGGAUGGAGUUUAUAUCAGCACUGCAAGCUUUCAGUAGCUUUAAAAAAUGGUGGAGCCGCUGCAAGAAGAAGACGAAACAUUUAAAACUUUACAAUAAUUAACACUUGAUUGCAUCGCAGAAAAUCCAGCAUGAGGUGAAGAAAUGUGUGCGUGAGUUCUGCGUGUUCAAAUUAACGAUGGACUUCCGGGCGAGCGGAGCGCCACACCGGCGAAAAACACAAAACAACCGGAAGCAGCACCAGUGUGAUUGACAGGUGGGCUCACCCACUCACACUCAGCUACGCACCCUUAGUGGGCGGGGCCCCGCUACGUUAUUUGUGCUAUUCGCUAAAGCACGUACGCUGAGACGUGACGUUUGACGCUGUGGCUGGCAGCCGCGCAUGCGUGCGUAUCUGUCAGUCAAAGGACUUUUAAAUGGCCUCGCAGGCCGGGAGCCCCGGUGCUCGGUAAUAACGCCGUUAUUCAGGACAUCAGCCCCGUGAAUAGCGUGUCCGCGCGCCGCGGGAGGCCCCCUGUGCCCGGCGGGGUCGACACUGUCCGGUCAGUGCGGUGAAAAUGAGCGACGAGGACGAAACCGCGCAGAGAGCGCGCCGCGGGUUCGAGGAGCUCUGCAGGGCGCUGAACAUGGACGAGGAGGCGAGCGGGGAGGCGUGGGGGAGCUACGAGAACAUCAGCAGGAACUUCACCCUGGAGGGCAGCGAGCUGCACUGGUUGGCGUGCGCCCUCUACGUGGCCUGCAGGUCGUCUGUGCCCACGGUAGGAAAAGGCACGGCCGAGGGGAACUACGUCUCUCUGACCCGAAUCCUGCGCUGCUCCGAGAUGAGCCUCAUCGAGUUCUUCAGUAAGAUGAAGAAGUGGCAGGACAUGGCCGACCUGCCGCCGGACUUCCGUCAGAGCACCGACAAGCUGGAGAGGAACUUCAUCGUGUCCGCCGUCAUCUUCAAGAAGUACGUCCCCAUCUUCAAAUCCAUCUUCAGGGCGCCGUCAGAGGAGCCGCCGCGAGUGCACCGCAGCCGCAAGCAGAGACGCCACCCGUGCACCGUGACCGAGGUCUUCAACUUCUGCUGGGUGCUGUUUGUCCACGCCAAAGGGAACUUCCCCAUGAUCAGCGACGACCUGGUGAACUCGUACCACCUGCUGCUGUGCGCCCUCGACCUCGUCUUCACCAACGCCCUGCUGUGCAACGCCAGGAAGGACCUGCUGAACCCCGAGUUCAAAGGGCUUCCUGAGGACUUCGGCACCAAGGACUUCCGGCCGGCCUCGGGCCCGUUCUGCUUCAUGGAGCAGCUGUGCCGGCUGCACGACGGCCUGGUCCUGGAGGCCAAAGGGGUCAAAGAGCACUUCUGGAAACCCUUCAUCAAGAAGCUCUUCCACAAGAGGAUUCUCCGAGGAAAGGAGGACAGUCUGACCGGCUUCCUGGACCCCAUGAACUUUGGAGACAGUCUUUUGGCGCUCAGCCGCCUGUACGAGGAGCACGUUUUGGCCACAGGCAGCCUGGACGAGAGGAUCUUCACCGGCGAGGGAGCGAGCGAGGACAUUGGCACCCCGGGGCCCUGCCUGUGCGAGGGGGCGGAGCACCAGAACAGCGCCACCUUCAGGCUCCACACCAGCCUCGCUGCCUCGGCUCUGAAAGUCUCCACCCCACUGACGGGCAGGAAGUACGUGCAGGAGGGCAGCCUGGCGUCUCCGCUCUCCUCCGCCAUGAAGAGCGUGGGGCGUCUCCACACGCUGCUGUCGGGCACCAAGCAGGGGCCGAGCGCCAAGCUGGCCGAGACGCUCAGGAGCUGCGCCAGAGACCCGAGCAACGCCAUCAGCCGGCGCCUGAACGACAUGUUCGACGUCUUCUCCCAGCACUACGAGGACGGCGCCACAGACGGGGGCAGGGCCAUGGGCAAAGGUAUGCACGUAGCCUUGCAUCACUGCACACGAGCGACCUGCUGUGACCGAGUAACAUUUGUCCUCGCAGACAUGGCGGUGAAGUACUUCCACCUGGCAGAGGCGCUCUACUACAGGAUCCUGGAGUCAGUCAUCGAGAGAGAGAAGAUGAUUCUGGGCGGCGCCGACCUGUCUUGUAUUCUGGAGCAGGAUAUCUUCCACCGCUCUCUGCUCGCCUGCUGCUUGGAGAUCGUCAUCUUCUCCUACAGACCUCCUGGAGAUUUCCCCAACGUGCUCGGCAUCUUCCAGCUGCCUGCCUAUCACUUCUACAAGGUAUCAAUACGCCCUCAUCAAAAAGUGAUUGAGGUGCUGGUGCGGGCGGAGCAGGGUCUGUUUCGGGAGGUGGUGAAGCACCUGAACCAGGUGGAGGAGCAGGUCCUGGAGAGUCUGGCCUGGACUGGCGAUUCCCCGCUGUGGGAGAGCCUCCGUGGGGCCAAAGACCACGCCCCCAGCUGCCAGGAGGUGAUGCCUCCUCAGUACCUGGAGCAGCAGGAUGAGAGCAGCUCCGGCAGCGUUCCCGUCACUCCGGUCAGCCACGGCGCCGAGCUCAGCAGCAGCAGCACGCUCAAAGGUGUGUCCCCCUCCCCAACCACCCUGUUGGACCGUUACAGCUCACCGCCGGCCAGCACGGCUCGCCGCCGUCUCUUUGUUGACCCCGUGGACAGCGAGCCCGGCCUCGCCUCCAGUGGCUCCGCCAGCACUGCUGUCGUCAAGCCCACCCAGGCGAGCCUCGUCACGGCCAUCCCGGCGGGACAGACUGUGGUCACUAUGGCAACUGCCACCGUGACCGCCAACAACGGGCAGACAGUGACCAUCCCGGUGCAGGGGAUAGCCAAUGAGAGCGGAGGGAUUACCUUCAUCCCGGUGCAGGUGAGCGUGACAGGACAGGCUGGUGCCGCUCUGCAGCCGCUGCCCCCGCAGGCGCUCGCCGGCACCAUCGCCGUGCAACCAGCCACUGUCAAGCCGGCCCCUAAACCGGCCGGCGGCGCGCUGAGGAAGGGCUCGCUGUCACUGUUCUUCAGGAAGGUGUACCACCUCGCCAGCGUCCGCCUCCGAGACCUGUGCGCCCGGCUGGACAUCAUGCCGGAGCUCCGGAGGAAGAUCUGGACCUGCUUCGAGUACUCGCUGGUCCACUGCACGGACAUGAUGAUGGACCGACACCUGGACCAGCUCCUCAUGUGUGCCGUCUACGUCAUGGCCAAGGUGACCAAAGAGGACAGAUCCUUCCAGAACAUCAUGAAGUGUUACCGCUCUCAGCCUCAGGCCAGCAGCAAUGUCUACAGGAGCGUGCUGAUCUCAGGGAGGAGGAGGCGUCACUCCAGCACCAACAAACCGAACCCGCUCACAGACGGCAGCCAGGACGCAGCAGGUGGCGACGUCAGCCCGGUCCCUAUUCGCUCCAGCAGCACCUUACCCACCCCCCAGCCCGGCAGCGCCCCCUCCACGCCCACAAACACCUCCAACAAGACCUCGUGCACGUCCACCGCCAAUGCCGGGGAGGAGGAGCAGGAGCGAGGGGACCUCAUCCACUUCUACAACAACGUGUAUAUCAAGCAGAUGACGCCCUUCGCUCUGAAAUACUCGCCAAACUCGCUGUCUGCAGGGGUCGAGACCCCCCCUCUGUGUCCGUACCCCUCCGUGAGGACCGGCUCUCCCCGCCGGAUGCUUCUGUCCAGCAAACACUCCAUCUACAUCUCGCCUCACAAGGCAGGCUCCGCCCCCUCACUGAUGACCCCCAGGGAAAAGAUUCACUACUACAUCUGCAGCAGCCCCCCCAACCGUCUCCAGGAGAUCAACAGCAUGAUCCGCACCGGAGAGACUCCGACCAGGAAGCGUGGCAUGGCUCUGGAGGAAGGAGCCUCGCCCAAACGCGUCUGUCCCGACUCCAACGCUCUAAUGCGCCGCCUGCAGGACGUCGCCAACGACCGCAGCUCCUCCCAGUGACGCACGCAGACACAGACGGAGUGUUUUACUGUGAAGGAGCAGCUUCCUGUGUUUUAGUCGUAUUUUCCUUUCUGUUUUUAACAUCAAUGUUUUAAAUCUGUCGGUUUGGUCUUAAACUUCGUGGCCUGCGUGUUUCGUCUCCUUCGCUGUCCCAUGUCUGUAAAUACGUGUACAGAAGAGCAAAGAGAAGCUAUUUAAUGGAGCUCACAGCUGUAAGUUAAGUGCCUUUAUUUUGUACUGUUUACAUCCUGCAGGCGUUUCCUUGGUUACAGGCUCCUGAUGUAAAAACAAUAAACUGUGUGAACUGA